UGAAGAUGCAGCUUGGUACAGUAUCACUUCUGACCAUCCUCGUGGGACUUUGUACAGCAUGUCUAAUCACCAACUGCCCAAAGGGAGGAAAAAGGGCAGGGCCCCACAGUCAAGAAUCACAUGCAUUCAGACAGUGUGCCCGAUGUGGGCCUGCAAAGCUGGGACAUUGCUACGGACCUGCAAUUUGCUGUGGGCCACAAAUUGGGUGCCUCAUAGCAACUCCUGACACUGCCCGAUGUCUGAAUGAGGCAGCAUCUCCGGUCCCAUGUACGGCACCUACAGGAGCCCAGUGUGGAGAAGGAAAGGCUGCAGGAAGGUGCACUGCAAAUGGGGUCUGCUGUACUCAUGAAUCGUGUCAUAUUGACCUAACCUGUCGCCUGACCGUCAAUGAUGCGGCGGAGUUAACAGAUGGAACUGCUGAGCAGACAAACCCAUUAUUCAACUUGUACAAUGCUAUAAGCAGUUCAUAUCAGCAAGAAAACCCUGGUUUUGUACUUACACCUCCUGAUAGUGAAUAAUCUUCUAGCUAAAAAUUCUUUCACUUGUACUUUCUUCUCAAGUACCAGAUAGUAACAACAGACUACAGAUAAGUCCUUCACUACAAAGAAUAAAAUGAAAACUUAUUAAAAUUAUUGGCAGAGUGACUGUCUAUGUAUUUACAAGGUAUAAUGUGCCUUAAAGCAAUUCACUAUAUCUUUGAUAUGGAUAAUACAACAAUACAGGAAUCAUACACUAUUUUUCUACCUAAUCCUCAAGAAGACUGAGAAAUUUAUUAUAUUGUGGCAUGUUUUCCUGUCUCCUGACCAUGGAAAUAUCUUUUUCUUUCAACCACUGUUCACUGCAUUUUCCACAUCAGUUUUGGUCCCUUAGAUACCACUUCAUCAGUUUCUAACAAUGAAGCAACAACAAGAUGGUGCAGUCUUCAUGGAAAUUGUGUAGAAAAAUAGUUUAUGAGUUGCAGUAUGACACCUUAUCCAUAUUGAAGGCUCUAUGGAAUGCUUCAAGACAUAUGCUUUGUUCCAUAAACUUACUUUCUGACUGUCCUACAUGUAUGAACUAAUUAGCAUCAUUCUGUUUUUGUCAAAAAAUGUGAUGAGACACACAUUCCAUUUUUUUAAAUGGAGCAAAAAUAUUCAUAUUUCUGCCAGUGAGCUGAAAAUGUAACAUAACACAGAACAAAUAAAAUGUAGUUACAUGCAUAUGUAUUAAUAUAUCAGUGAUAUCAUGUAUCUUACGAUCAAUAAAAGGAUUGAUUAAUUAUGAUUUAUUUAUCUUAAAGGUAAAGCUGUCCUGGUUCCACUGUACUCAUAUUAACUAUACACUGUCAUAACCCUGAAGACCACAAUCUGAAUUCUCGCUUCGUCUAUACACUGCAGCAAAGAGAAACACACAGC